UUCAAUUCGCGCCAAGACUUCCGACCGUUGCUGCCACAUUGAGCAUCAACAUUCGGCCACCUCUUUCUUCACUGUUUCACCUCUCCUCCCCUUGAUCUCCCCAGAAUUCCAGAACUCCUGCCAUUCGGAUCUCCUUCAUGAUGGCGUCGACAUCCUCGACCUCAUGGCUAUCCUCCUUCUUGGCCUUCUGCGCCAUCCUGUGCCUCUCGGUGCCUGUUAACGCCCUCUACUUCUAUAUCGAUGGACGUCAACCCAAAUGCUUCUUCGAGGAGCUUCCCAAGGACACAUUAGUUGUCGGAACCUACUCCACUCAGGUCAUCAACCAACAGUCGAACACGUACUCCGUUGAUCCCAGCCUGAAGAUGCUCAUUACUGUCGACGAGACCUUCGACAACGACCACCGGGUUGUCUCCAAGCGCGAUGGCCACUCUGGUCGCUUCACCUUCUCCGCCGCUGAUGCCGGCCAGCACAGAAUUUGUGUGACCGCCGAGACGAGUGCCGCGACCGGCGGCUGGCUGUCGGGUGCCCCCGCGGGCGCUGUCAAGGUGACUCUAGACAUAGCCAUCGGAGAGACCAGCAAGAUCGAGACGGAAGACAAGGGCAAGAUCCAGGACAUCGUCCAGAAGGUGAAGGAUCUCAACGGUCGGUUGCAAGAUAUCCGGAGAGAGCAGGUGUUCCAGCGGGAACGUGAGGCCGAAUUCCGUGACCAGUCUGAAGCUACCAACUCCCGUGUUGUCCGGUGGACCCUGAUUCAAGUGGCUGUCCUGUCCGCUGCCUGCGCCUGGCAACUGUCUCACCUCCGCUCGUUCUUCAUCAAGCAGAAGCUGACAUAAGGGACGAGGGCAUGGAGAAAGGGAUAAGAGGGAAAAGAAGGUGCAGUUGUUGUCCGGCGUACCUUGUAUAUGGGGUUACAUUUGAGUUCAUUUUUACCUUGAUCGUCUAUCUCUUUGGUUCAUCCGAAACAAAUCAAUGGAACUUUAUGACAAUUUUGGAUGUAUCUGUGGGCUGGAUGGUCGUUCUCAGUUUCUGGCCGUAGGCUCAGUUUUGUUGCUGGGAUGGCUUGUUUAAUGUGGGACAUGAAGACUGGAAUAUGCCUAUUAUGCCUGCCUUUCUAGUAUUAUAUGAUGCGAAUGAGUCGAUUGAUAGAUAUGGAUGUGAUGACCUGCUCUAUGUGUAUCUCUGUCCAAUGUAUGUUCAUCAAGCGAGUAUGAUAGAGCAUAAGUGAUUUAUUUAAUAUGGAACCAACCCAAUUGCCAUUAUCAUUGAACUGCUAUGUAUGUGUCUAUGUGCCUCUUAUGCUUCUUCUAUUUAGUGGGUGAUCUUUUUUUUUCUUUCUUUCUUGGUUUCCCUGGUCUCUUUGGCUCUCCAAGUCAUGAUCAUUAUUGUUGACGGUAUAUCGUUCGUUAAGUACAUCAGACCAGCA